AUGAACGUCAUAAUCAAGCACGGCGGCAAGACCUACCCUUUGGAUGUCGAUGUUGCGGCGCCGGCGACGGCCUUCAAGCAGUCGAUUUACCAGACUACUGGCAUCCCUGUUGACCGCAUGAAAGUCAUGAUCAAGGGCAUUCUGAAGGACGACGCGGAUAUGUCCAAGCUGGGACUCAAACCUGGCCAGACUGUUCAGGUUAUUGGAAACGCUGGCCCACUUCCUGAGGCUCCGCAGGAGCCUGUCGUCUUCUUGGAGGAUAUGGACGACUCAGAGCUUGCCUUGAGCACGCGCGUUCCUCCUGGCCUGGUCAAUCUUGGCAACACUUGCUACCUCAAUUCAACUUUGCAAGCUCUGCGUAAGGUCCCCCAGCUGCAGACAGUUCUGGAAACCUACUCUGCUGGUGCCGGACCUGAUGGCAAGCUCACAAACUCCAUCAAGAACCUCUAUUCGGGAAUGGCCCAGACUACGGAGGCUGUUGCUCCUUUCGCGCUGAUCCAAAACCUGCGUACUUUGGCACCCCAGUUCGCGGAACAGGACCAGCGCGGACAGUUUGCCCAGCAAGAUGCCGACGAGGCUUGGACCCAACUGAUCUCGGCCCUUCGAGCCUGUCUUCCUGGGAAAGAUGGACAGCAGUCAUUCGUCGACGACUUGAUGUCGUUGGAGAUGACCAAGACAUUGUCGUCCCCAGAGGCACCAGACGAGGAGCCCACCACGUCCAAGGAGAAGGCCCUUAAGCUCGAAUGCAAUAUCUCAAUCCAAACCAACUUCUUGGUGUCUGGUAUCCUCGAGAGUCUCGACCAAAAGAUUGAGAAGAACAGCCCAACUCUUGGCCGCACGGCUGUGUAUGAUGCCAAGUCCCGUCUGUCCCGCCUUCCUACGUACCUUGCUGUCCACAUGGUCCGCUUCUUCUGGCGCCGUGACAUCCAGUCAAAGGCCAAAAUAAUGCGCAAGGUCAAGUUCCCUCUCCAGUUUGAUGUCCUGGACAUUGCCACCGAUGACUUGCGACAGAAGGUCCUCCCUGUCAACACGGCCGUCAAGCAGAUUCUGAAGGGACGUGAUGACCGCGCAACCAUCUCAAAGCGCUCCAAGGGCAAGGCUCCUGCGGCCGACGAUAAGACCGAAGAGCAGCACCGAGACGACGAGCACAAGGAAGUCACUGCUCUCAUUGAAACGACUGGUGGCAUUGAAGCGGGGACCAAUGCAUCGGGCAUUUAUGAGCUUUGUGCAAUGGUGACCCACAAGGGUGCGAGCGCUGAUUCUGGCCACUACAUUGGCUGGGCCCGAAAGGACGAUGACAUUGCGGCGUCCGGCGAGGAGGAGUGGUUCAAGUUUGAUGAUGACAAGGUGUCGGUCGUUACCGCCGACAAGAUUGUUUCUAUGGAUGGUGGAGGCGAGGAUUCCGUUGCAUACAUUUUGCUGUACCGUGCCGUGGACAUCUAA